AUCCCCCUCUAUCUGAUUCUUGAGAGAACUAAAUCGGCGAGCAUUCCAAGUACGAAGGAAAAUAUGCCCACUUUUCCUAACGAAUGCUUGAAAUUCUCACGUAAGAAUUUAUCUGAGAGUAAACAUGAAAUGAUAUCACCUUUCCUUUGUGGAGAGCACACAAGGAAAAUAAACACUUUCAGUCCAGUUUUAUCGAAUUUCUUAUCGAAAACUUUUGUGAUUGUGAUGAGUUUUUAGCUUUCACGAAAAAAUAAAAGAAAUUGAAUACUGUCUGGAGGAUAUUUGAGUUUUGGACGUUGUUCACUGCUGGAUUGGAACAAAAUAUUGGAAGAAAUAGAUCAUAAAUAGUUCUCCUGAAACGUUGUUUUAAUCUACCAGAUUAGGUUAUCAUUGUGUACAUUUCAUUAGUAUUCGAAUUAUAAUCACAAUGGUCGAACCUGUAGUAACACUCUCUGAUGGACCUAUUCAAGGAUGUAGGCGUAAGGAUAUACAGGGUGAGGAGUUUCUCAGUUUUGAAGGAAUACCAUAUGGAGAACCCCCUGUAGGAGAACUCAGAUUUAAGGAUCCUGUUCCAGUGAAACCUUGGAAGGAGAUUAAGGAUUGUACGAAAAUCGGUUCAGGAAGUUUGUGCAAACAACUAAAAGUUUCUGUAGAUCCUUCAACAGGUGGAUUGCUGAAAGAUUUUGUUUUGGAAGGCAGUGAGGAUUGUUUAAACUUGAAUGUUUACACACGACAGUUGAAGAAUUCCGGAAGUCAGCCGAAAGCUGUGAUGGUCUAUAUACACGGUGGUGCUUAUGUUAUGGGCAACACAAAGCACUUAGGUCCUGAAAGACUGAUAACCCAAGAUAUUGUUCUGGUCCAUCUACAUUAUCGAUUAGGAGCAUUUGGAUUUCUAGCUGUGGAUGAUCCAAAGUUAGGGGUGUCUGGCAACGCAGGAAUGAAAGACCAGGUGUUAGCUCUCCAGUGGGUGAAAAAAAACAUAUCACUUUUUAACGGUGAUCCACAUAAUAUAACCAUUUUCGGAAAUAGUGCUGGAGGUUCUUCCGUGGCAUACUUAACAUUAUCACCACUGGGAUCAGGGCUCUUCCAUAAGGCAAUCAUCCAAAGCUCUUGUGCUCUGAACAAUUCAAUAAGGAGACGCGAGAGUAACGCUAAAAAACUUGUGCAGGCUUUGGAAUGUGAACAGAGGGAUGAAGCAGCGAUUCUUCGAUAUCUUCAGAGUUUACCAGCCGAGAAAAUAUAUGAGGGUCAGUUGAAAUGCCCAGAUAUUGGAUGUCCCUCUUGCUUCAGGGUGUUCAGUCCGGGUGUGGAAUCAAAAGACAGCAAAGGUGCUCUUCUGAACGAGGAACCGGUUGAAUUGCUCAAAUCAGGACGAUACAACCAUGUGCCAAUAAUGAUAGGUUACGCGGAGAUGGAAUGCAUCUUAUUCAUGGAAUACGAUGAAAAGUGCCCUUUUAAUGCUGUCUGUUUUGAAGAAGACACACUACCGCCCGUGUGGUUCGGUUUCGAAAAGGGCAGUAAGGAAUUUUAUGAUAUGGCUAGGAAGAUAAAGAAAUUUUACUAUGGCGAUUCGGAACCGGAAUAUAUUAGCUUAGAAACUGUAAAGAUGUUCUCUGACAUGGGUAUCACCAGAGGUAUGCUAAAAACAGCCAAAUACCUUGCAGAAACAUCAAAGCAGCCAACCUUCCUUUAUAGAUUCAGUAUACCAAGCAAUCAUGGGGAGAAAUAUUCUUCAAAAAAUCUGAAUGGGGCAACCCAUGGAGAAGAACUCGCCUACCUCUUCAAAAUGAGCAGAAAAACCAGCGAUGAAAUGGAACGUCACUCGAAAAGAUUGCUUAAACUGUGGACCAAUUUCGCGAAGUACGGAAAUCCAACAUUUGAGAAGGACGAGGUUGUUUCCAUUGAUUGGAAGCCUGUGACGAAGGAUAACUUUUAUUACUUAGAUAUAGGGGAAGAAUUAUCAAUGAAGAAAGAUCCAGAAGCAGACAGAAUGGCCUUCUGGGACCAACUAUUCCAGUCCUAUCCGCAAAGUAGAGACUACUGAGUUUUUUUAUAUUCUUGAAUCUCUUGUUCUUAUUAUCUACUUAUAUAUUUUUUACCAUGAGUUAACCUGUUUUUCAUUACAUAUAACCAUAAAAA